CGAAACUGUUUUCGUAGAGUUUCCAUAUCGCAGGCUAUCAGUGAAUACCGGCUCUUGAACAGGACCGCCCUCAAGUCUAUCUCCUACAAACAGGUCACACAAUCAACUUCGUGGGAAUCCAUUGUCAUUGAGAACAAAUUCGGUCCAAGGAGGUUCGGAGAUGGGAGAAUCAUGGGACGUAAACAAUUUCAAACAAGGUCUUGGUGCCGAAAAGGGACAAAACUAUAAACCCACCUUCGGCGCCAUGAGGCAGUUAUCCACUAAUGAGAGAGGUGUUAUUGCCGAUGUGAAAGUUGUCGAUGUUGAAAAACGCCGUAGCAAAGAACAUUCCGGCAGCAAAAAUUAUGAAUACGUUUUGAAAGUUAGAUGGCUGGACGAGAACCAAUAUUGCAUAUUUCGUCGUUACAGUAUGUUCUUCGAUCUACAGGCUGGUCUGCGACAACUUUUCCAAGAAAAACAACAUAUCACAAUUCCGGAAUUGCCUGUUGCUCGUUUUGCUGGGGGAAUGUUGUUUGGAGCAUUAGCGAAGAAACAGUGUAAACACAUUGAAGAAUUCUGCCAGAGAGUGAUUCAGCUACCACCUGUUGUGUCUCAGUCAGACACUGUCCUGCAGUUCUUCAGCCAGUGGGGAACAGAUGCAUUUGUGAGGAUUGAAUCAAAUGAAAAAUGUACCAAGCUGCCAAAUUCUCAUUUUGGAAGAAGUGAGGAACAGCUUGUUGAGAGAUACCAGUCAGUGGCAGAAUUUACUGGUGGAGGAAGGGGAGAGAUGAGCUUGAGAGAAAAUGAAAUGGUAACAGUCAUUGAAAAAAACAAUACAGGUUGGUGGCUUGUUGCAAAUGCAAGAGGGGAGCAUGGUUUUGCUCCAGCAACAUUUCUUGAACUAGUAGACUCUGGACGACGCACAGAAGAGGAGGAAUGGAGAGAUGUUGAGGAGGAUGAGCGCUUUUGGGUUGCAAUUGAGUCAUACUCAGCUAAGAGUGAUGAUGAACUAACUUACAGAGCUGGAGAAGAAGUUGAAGUUCUGGCCACCAGCAACUUUGGUUGGUGGAAGAUAAAAAUAAAAGGAAAAGUUGGUCUUACACCUGGAUCCAAUCUGGUUCAAGCCAAGCCAAGUGCAGAUCCUCUCUUAUCUGAUGACCAACAAAAGAAAAGGGGUUCUUCAUAUUCAAGCAUCAGUGGCAUAUAUGCAAGUAUAAGGUCACCUCCCCCUAGAAGAGAUUCUAGCAAAACAAGGAAAAGAGAAGCUAACAACAAUGAAGCCUCUGAAAAAGCAAGAGUUUCACGUUCGCAGUCCACACCUCAUGCAUUAGAGUAUGCUACAGUGGAGAUAUUGUCAAGUUCCCCAUCAGCCAACAGAAAUCUUCAGUUUAGUUUUGAAGACUCCAGUGAAACUGUUCCUCAAUAUGCUUCCGUUAUUCCAAAGCAUCUAAGACUGAACAGAUCCCACAGUAUGAGUGAAGAUGGGUCAGAAAUCAGAAGACCGCAGAAGCGGAAUGGCUGCCCAAACCUCCCGUCCACUCCACCGCUGGUUUCUCUACACAACUCUAACUCUCGCAGUGUAGACCAUGAUGACAUGAGUUAUGCGAGAGUGCAUGAGUUCAGACAACCGCCACUUACUAGUACCCCAAGGGUGCGUUUAUUGCAACCCCCGGACGAGGGACUCGUCAGAUUUGGCUCCCACAAAUACGAGAAUGUUCUUAGAGCUGAUCUUCAUGUUGGGACACCCGGGGAGCAUUAUGUGGCUAUCACAAACUACGCACCUCCACCAGAUCGCAAUGAAGAUCUGCCCCUAACAGCGACAGAAGAGGUACGCCUUCUCUGUGAGGAUGGCGCCUGGUCAUUCGUUUGUACAGUAGACGCAACCAAAAGGAGUGGAUGGGUGCCGACUUCAUUGUUGAAGAGCAAGGAAGUUUCCCAUUACAACAUGACUAGGAGGUCCAAAUCUGUUGGGGACAUUUACAACGCUUAUGAAGAAGAAGAAGCGGCAGCUCGUGGAGCACCUCCGUCUCAGAUGGUGCAGAAGCCUCCUGUACCAACACCUAGGAGCGAUCUUGAGCAGAAGAAGACUUCAGUGGACGUAACUGGUGCCCCAAGCGAAGAAGCGCCUCCACUGCCUGGUGCCCCACCAGAUUACAUCCGGAAGCCUGGAAAGGUGAACGAACACUACUUCGCGCGGGAAGACUUUACAACAAAAAAUUCAAACUGCAUCUCGGUGCGCAAAGGAGAAGUAGGCCAGUUAUUAGCAGUACAGUCCUUAGGUUGGUGGAAAAUGAAUGUAGAAGGUGUGGUCGGAUGGACUCCAGGCGAUUUCUGGGAACUGCUACAGGAUGAGGAAGAAACUCUCAACGAAAUGCCUCCAAAGAGCAAGCAGCGAGAAAGGCACAGUUCUUUCGGAGACGAGUUGUGGUAUUACGGGAAAAUGUCACGUCAGAAGUGCGAGGAACUUAUGAUGAGAAGCGCCAAAGAACUCGACUACUUGAUACGAGAGAGCACUCAGAAGUUUGCUUCUUUCGUGCUAUCGGUCAAGUAUGGCGGAAAGAUUCGCCAUUUUCCCAUAGAACUGACACCAAGCGGUCGUUAUGUUAUUGGCAAGCAUGCGUUCGAUGGUUUGACGGAAAUUGUAACAUUUUACAAGACCCACGCGUUGUUUUAUACGCAGAACAAAGAAGCGAUCACCCUUGGGGAAUCAUUCCGGGGAAUGUAGAACUUGUGUUAGUGAUAUACUGUCCUCAUUACGACAGUGGUACGACCCUACAUGCAAGUGUCGUGAAAUUGUACAACACCCAAUAUAUUCUCGUGAAUUGAUCUUUUAAAAUCGAAGUUCUACAUCAAGAGAAUUGAAGCAGAGAGAGUUUUAAUCAGGAUGUUCGCUGAUAUCGAUUCCAUUUCAAUACCUCUUGGUUUCUCAAGACGAUCGUAUUGUGAAUCCUAGUCCAAGAAGUACCAUUUUUCGGCCCUAUCUAAACCCGUAGAUGACGGAUAUGACAUUAAGAUAUCCCAAGGGACCUUCGGGCCAAUGCAUCGAGAGUCUCUCCGUUUGCCCCGUCUUUUAACAAUUUUAUCAACUGACUUUCACUCAAUUUGCAGCACAUUUAUCUCACAAGAAAACCACUCAUUGAAAACGUAAGAAAAAAAUUAUAACUUGGAGCUAAUGAAAACAGACGUUUGUAAAAAACAAUUAGAAAUAAUACAUUUGAGAGGAUAUUUCCUCGCGUAAAAAAUAUAAAAUAUAUAUAUAUUUUAUGAUGAAUGCCCGAGGUAAUUCACGUGUAACAAUUUGCGCUGUUGCCUGAGAUGUCAAAUAUUUUAAUGAAAUUAAUAUGAAGGUAGUUAUUUAGAGAUAUUUUAUUUGUGUACCUCUAAGCAACGCAAAAGUUCAUGGGGCCAAAAGUGGUUUCUUUAUAAAAUUUUAUAAAAUUGUUGUUACUGGUAUAUGUUAAGGCUUUUUAAAGACGUCUGUUAAAAAAGUGACGAAUAAAUUAAUUUAACCCAAGUA